AUGGCGUGGGUGAGAAGAUAUUUAAGGCUGCCGCAGGAAUUGCGACCCUCGGAAGUUUUCAAGCAGGAUUCACUCUCGCCACUCAAAAUUACAAUACAGAUUGUCCUUUUACAACUGUUCUACUACGCCACUGGAUAUGUUUUGUUUUAUGGAUGGUCGAGACUUGGAGGUUAUGAUGUACCAAUAAGCCAGUGGCUUUUUUCUUGGGAGCCAAUAGAUUUUUCAAAUUCGCUAGGAUUGACGUUGUCAGUGCUAUGGCUUCUGGAUUCGCUCAUAUGCGUGCUGUUCUUGACAGUACUUGUUGGCCGCAGCAAGCUGGCUUGGGAUUUCGGCAUCACAAUACAUGCUGUCAAUUUGCUGAUAGUGUGGAUCAAAACAGGCAGAUGGCCCAGUCUGUCGUGGUUCGUGGUGCAACUGCUGUCGUCUCUGAUCCUCGUGUUCUUGGGAACGUGGUCCUCACGGUGGAGAGAGCUUAGAGACACAUUUUUCGAUGGCCUGGUAGACCCACAAACAACCUCAUCUGCAUAUCCCGCCAAAUCCCGCACUGAACAGACUCCGCAAGACGGUGUCGAGAUGAAAGAUUUGGAGGCUCAAAAGUGA